UCGUCUGCGAAACAUGGCGUCCACUGUCGAAUCUAAUUUUCCCGUCGAAGGAAUUCUUCCCAAGAAAGAGACUGGAGCUGCUUCUUUCUUAACGAAGUAUCCAGAUUACGAUGGAAGGGGUGUCCUUAUUGCGAUUCUUGAUACAGGGGUGGAUCCUGGUGCUCCGGGAUUACAAGUUACGACUGAUGGAAGCCCAAAAAUUGUAGACGUGAUUGAUGCAACUGGUUCUGGUGAUGUAGACACUUCCAAAGUGGUUGAGCCAGAAGAUGGAGAGAUGACUGGUGUCACAGGACGCAAGUUGAAGAUCCCACCUUCCUGGACUAACCCUUCAGGAAAGUAUCACAUCGGAGCCAAGAACCUGUUUGAUCUGUACCCGAAGCGCUUGCAGGACAGAGUAGUGAAGGAGCGAAGGGAGCAGACAUGGGAUCCCCCACACCGGGCUGCUCUGGCUGAGGCCACUCGCAAACUUGAGGAGUUUGAAACGAAAAAUUCCAGUCCUAAUCAGGAGGAAAAACUUGUGAAGGAAGACCUGCAGGCUAAAGUGGAUCUAUUGACAAGCUUAGACAAGAAGUACCAGGACUGUGGACCAGUGUUUGAUUGUGUUGUUUUUCAUGAUGGCAACACCUGGAGAGCCUGUGUUGAUACAACAGAGAAGGGUGACCUUGGUGAUUGUAAAGUUUUGGCCAGUUUUUCUGAAGAGAGACAGUAUGGAACAAUCAGUCGACAAGAUAUGCUGAAUUAUAGCAUCAACAUUUACAAUGAUGGUGAUGUUUUAGAAAUGGUAACAAAUGCAGGUUCCCAUGCUACUCAUGUGGCAUGUAUAGCAGCAGGCUAUUUUGCUGACCAGCCAGAGCGAAAUGGAGUAGCCCCAGGAGCACAGAUCAUCUCCAUCAAGAUUGGAGACACACGUCUAGGUUCCAUGGAAACGGGGACAGCCCUCGUUAGAGCUAUGAUCAAAGUAAUUGAGCACAAGUGCGACUUGGUGAACUACAGUUAUGGAGAGGCUUCUCACUGGCCAAACUCAGGGCGUGUGGUAGACAUUCUUAGUGAAGCGGUCAACAAGCAUGGUGUUAUAUUUGUAUCCAGUGCUGGAAACAAUGGUCCAGCCCUGUCCACUGUCGGUACACCUGGAGGAACAACUGACGCCCUCAUUGGAGUGGGAGCCCAGGUUUCACCGCUGAUGAUGGCUGCUGAAUACUCCUUGAGGGAAAAACUUCCCAGCAUGCAGUAUACAUGGUCAUCUAGGGGUCCCACACAUGAUGGAGAUCUGGGUGUGUGUAUCAGUGCUCCAGGAGGGGCCAUAGCCUCUGUACCUAACUGGACACUGCGGGGAUCACAGCUUAUGAACGGAACCAGUAUGAGUUCGCCGAAUGCCUGUGGAUGUAUAGGUCUGUUUUUAUCUGGGCUGAAGGCAAACCACAUAGAGUACACACCAUUCAGUAUCAAGCGAGCCUUGCAAAACACAGCACAGAAGGUGGACAAUGUUGAAGUGUUUGCCCUUGGACAUGGCCUCAUUCAUGUUGAGAAAGCUUAUGACUACCUGUGUACAUACACCCAAUGUUCAGAGACUAAGAUCAACUUCAACAUCACCUGUACAGAUGGCAAGCGUGGAAUCUAUCUCAGAGAACCUCAUCACUUCAAGAAACCUUACGUUGUCAAUGUCACAGUCGAACCCAACUUUUUUGAAGAUAAAUCAGAACAAGAAGAGAAGAUUGCACUUAGUCUACAAUUAGCCCUGACAUGUGAUGCAUCCUGGGUCCAGCACCCCAGUCACUUGGAGCUGAUGAAUGUGGCACGCGUAAUCAGUGUCAAGGUUGACCACAGUGGACUCACUGAAGAUGCUCACUAUACAGAGAUUUGUGCCUAUGAUGUGAAUUGUGUGGAGAAAGGUCCAGUGUUCAGGAUACCGAUCACCGUCAUCAAACCUACCAAGGUGUCUGAUGAGACUUCGUAUGAGAUGUGCUUUAAUGAUGUACAGUUCAAACCUGGUCAGAUUCAUAGACACUUCAUACAAGUACCACAUGGAGCUACCGUUGCCGUUUUGAAUGUGAAGUCAUCAGACAAAGAGAAAAGCUGUAGAAUGCUCCUGCACGGCAUGCAAGUUGUUCAACAGUUUCAAUACAAAAAGUUAGAAUUUGAGAAAUUUGUAACAAUUUCAAGUCAAGGGCAGACAACUCAAGCAUUCCAAGUUCUUGACAACAGUACAUUAGAAAUGUGUAUAGCCAAAUGGUGGGCCAACCUAGGGGAUGUGACUCUUAGCUACAAAAUAACAUUCCAUGGAGUGACCUUGGAUAACUCCAGACCUACUAUGCAAGGUGCAGAGGGUAUCACGAGGUUCCAUAUUCGUGCUUUGCUGAAGAAUGAAGAUAUCUCUCCUUCAAUUACUCUCAAGUCACUGGUACAACCAAUCAGACCAACAGAACACAAGAUGAAAUGUCUGUUUGGGCCAAGAGAUACCUUACCAGGAGAUCGUCAGAUAUAUGGUAUAGAACUCACAUACAACUUCCACAUCGACAAGAAUGUUGAAGUGAUGCCAGAGUGUGCCAUGUUGAGUGAACUUCUGUAUGAGUCUGAUUAUGAGAGCCAGUUCUGGAUGAUAUUUGACUCCAACAAACAGUGUCUGGGAUCUGGAGAUGCCUACCCUCAUCAGUAUAAUGUGAAGCUUGACAAAGGAGAUUAUACCUUGGUGAUGCUGAUCCGCCAGGAGAAGAGAGACUUGCUGGAGAAGAUGAAGGAUGCUGUUCUGCUGCUGCAUCACAAACUUCCCAGCUCUGUUUCUUUGGAUAUCCAUGGUAGCUGGCAGAAGGCCUUCUCUGGCAAGAAACUGAACUCAGUUACCCUGCCACAAAACCAGCAUACCCCACUGUUUGUCACUCCAAUGACAAUGGACAAGACGUAAAACACAAACAAACCAAGCAUUAAUCAAAUGUUUUUAAUGUUAUCACAGAGUUCUGUCCCCUUUCGUUACGUGUUGACGGAUCCUCCACGAAAAGUCAAGAAUGGUGGAAAAGAAAAGGGAGAUAAAUCAAAGGAAAAAACCAAAGAGGAGGAAUAUGCUGAAGCUCUGAGAGACGUGAAGAUCAGCUGGAUACCAAAACUUGAUUUGGAUAAUGUCCUGUUUGAGGAGGUGAGCCAUGAUCAUCCUAAUCACCUUCCUCUCUACAUGGCCAGACUUCAGGCCCUAGACAGCAGCAAGGAAAAGUCAAAGAAAUUGGGAGCAAUCAUAGACUUAUCCAAGUUUAUUAUCUCCAAAAUUGACCAAAUGGCUCUGUCGAGCUACUACGGGAUGAAGAGUGACACUAGACCUGAUGCUAGUACCAUCAAAGUUGAGAUGGAUAAAGAGAAAGAGAUUUUGAUUGAAGCAUUGGUUAAGAUGGGCUGUGCCCAAGCCGACAUCUUGCUGGAUCAAGGGCAGACAACUGUGGAGCACACUCAAUCGGAGGAGGAAGGUGAACAGUUUGUAGAACUACCCACUGUCACGGAGAAAGAUCUAGAGGACAAUCUGGCUGAAAUACAGAAGUGGGCAGAUCUGACUGAUGCAAAGGUCUCCACUUUCUCUAUUCGUCAUGCAAUUUACCACAAGCAAUUUGGUCGUGCCUUGAAAUUGUUGCUCAAACAAACAGAAGAUAAAAAUGCACAAGAAACCGACAAGAAAUGUAUAGAGAUGUACACUUCCUUAGGAUGGGAUCACUGUGCCCGUCACUUCAGCAACUGGUUGCUGGUGAAGUACCCUGCCAACUAUCGUCCAUUUUGAUAAAUGCUGAUACUUUAGACACCAACCAUUAGAAAAUCACAGUUCUGGAAUAGUUUCAGCCUGAGACUGGUGAAUGCUACAUAUGUGUGAUAAGUCUUUAAGAAGUGUAGUCUGAGAAUUGACCUCUCAGAACCAGUUAUUGCAAACUCAAUUGAUAACUUGAUGUUUUUAAAUUUCCGAAAGUAUCUGUAAAAAUUAAACUUUCUUUCAUAUUU